AUGAACAUACGUCACAAGCGGGUGACUUUGAGUUUUCAUAAGAAAAACUUGGAACUCAAAAAAUCCGAAAUAAAAAAGCAACUCUUUGAGAUAUCUUCUAAUACUAAUACUCGACAAAAUUUAAAAAGAAAUUCAUCCGAAGAAGAUGAAAAAGUCAUAAAAAAGCCGAAAGUUAGUUCUAAUCCUUUGACCUUAAAUACGCCAAAUGACGUAAAUUUACUUGCUCUGUCCACUGUUGAAGUAAUAAAAGUACCAGAGAAAGAAAAAGAUGAAAUGCAAGAUCUGAACACAAAAUCUCUUGAUCAGUAUAAUGCACCUUCAUUUAAGUCGCCUACAUCUUGGUAUACCUCAGACACAAUUAAUGAGUACAUUAAACUGAUAGUAACGCGGUCAAAAGGUGAAGUUUAUGCAGUUGUCACUGAUUUUAUUGUAGCAUAUCUUCGAGGAGGCUAUCCAGCUGUAAGAAGAUGGAUAAAAAAAGAUAUUCACACAAUAAAAUUACUUUUUGUGCCGAUGAAUGUAUAUGGGAGUCAUUGGAUAUUGACAGUGGUUAAUGUGCCUGAAAAGACUGUGACAUCCUAUGAUAGUCUUAAGUCGUAUAAGGGUCCUUAUCCAAUGGUAUUAAAAAAUUUCUUAAUUGAAUGGGAGAUGGACAGAAAAGCAAAAGCUUCUACAUGGACAUUACAAAUAGGCGAGACAUCUCGGCAAACCAAUGGACAUGAUUGUGGGCCUUUUACUGUUGAGCUGGCAGAAAAAAUGUCUCGAGGAGAUACAACACCAAUAAAUGCAAAUCUUAUGCCUUUUAUAAGAUUAAGACACAAAAAUGAAAUUAUUGCUGGACAGUUAUUCUAUUAA